GGGAAGAAUCCAAUCUCCUAUCUAUUCCACAACGCGCUCUCUGUUCUCCACCACUUCCGAUGGCUCUUCGCCUCUCUUCGGCUCCUCUCGCCGCCCUCUCUCUUCCCCCUUCCCUAUCUCCGUCUCGCUUAGAAGCCGGGCGCCUCUUCUUCUCGAUUCGGAGGCCUCUCGUCCGCUGUUACUCCUCCAAGAAGAAGGAGACCAGCUUCACCGAUCGAAUCCUCGACUACAUUGAAGGUGGGCCUAAAUUGAGGAAAUGGUAUGGAGCACCUGAUCGACUUCCAAAAGAUGGAGGUCUCGAAGUUGAGAAUGAAUCUUCAGAAAUUGAAGAAGUCCGAGAUGCAGUUCUGGUGACUGAUGGAGAAAGCGAAAUUGGCCAGAUGGUAAUAUUAUCACUGAUUCUUAAGCGGGCCCGGGUAAAAGCAUUAGUCAAGGAUAAGCAAGCUGCAGUAGAUGCAUUCGGAGGUUAUGUAGAGCCAAUGGCUGGGGAUAUAAAUGAUCGGUCCUUUCUUACAAAAGCUUUGAGAGGUGUUCGUGCCAUAAUUUGCCCUUCAAAUGAUGGCUUCUUUUCUGACAUAGGGCAAAUGAAGGGUGUGCAGCACAUCGUGCUUCUAUCUCAGUUGGCUGUAUAUAGAGGUAGUAGUGGACUUCAAGCUAUCAUGAAUGGCAAGCUCAGGAAGUUGGCAGAGAAGGAUGAAGAAAUGGUGAUUGCAUCAGGCAUCCCAUACACUAUAAUAAGAGCUGGCUUGCUGCAAAAUACUCCGGGUGGCAUGCAAGGUUUCAGCUUCGGAGAGUUAUUUUCAUCCAAUGCAUGUGCCCUCCCCACCCCCCCACCAAAGAGAGAGAGAGAGAGAGAAGUCAUCACUACAGGAUACUUCUGAUUUUAUUUUGACACAGUGGAUUAAUGAGACAGGGUGUGGCAGCAAAAGGAAAACUUAGUAAAGAGGAUGCAGCAGUUAUUUGCGUGGAGGCACUUGAUGCAGUUCCUCAGAGAGGACUAGUUUUUGAGGUCCGCUGGAUUAGACUGCACAAGCAUUUCCUGUAAAAAUACCAAGUGGAACUGUCAAAGAAGUCAAAACAUGGACACUCGCAUUAAAUACAAGGUUAAUUCUCAACUAAUGUGUAUACUGUUUACAUGUAUAGGUGGUAAAUGGGGAAGAAAAGGUUCCAGACUGGAAAGAAUGGUUUGCAGCACUGAUUAAGAGCACUGAAGAGUUACAAUGACCACCCAACAUGAAUCCAUAAGGCAUUCUUUCUCAGCCUUGGCACCUGCAGGUUCUCAACCAAGUGCAAAUUGUUCAUUUAAGAAGUGAUGUGACUUUGCUUUACGAGGCCAUUGUAUGAUAUCUCUGAAAAUCAAGACAGCAAAUGGUAAUAUUGCUAGACUAAUUUAGUAACUCCUGUUAACUUUAUGUUUCAAGAAAACAUAUCCUUUACAGAUAGACCCAUGCGAAAAGAAGCUGGAUGAUGACAAAUAGAUUGCUUGUUCUUCCAUGGAACCAUGGGGAUCAACAUUUAUCUCGCCAAAGUUUCUCUCUGUAUAAUUCAGGACUUCUCAUCUUUGAGAUCACGUCUGGUACCAGCUGAUUGGUGUAAGGUUGAAUAUUUUUUCGGAAUUGAUCAUUCUGAUGUAAAUAAGUGGUAUGACUAUCAGUUUUAUUUGUGAUAGGAAUGAAAGUAGUGACAGAUGCUUUUGAAGGCCAAUUGAUCAUUCAUCGAAUCCAAUUAUAAUUACAUGAUGGUU